ACCCACCUUACAAUAAGAACAAUUUAAAGUUGCUGUUUUAUAAUUUAUGCACUUUGCUUCUGUAAUUAACGUUUCUAAUCAAAAAGUAUAUUUCUUUUGACUGUUACUUUGUUGAAAUUGAAUUAUGGGCAUGAAAUGUUGCUGCCUUUUUGUAGUUUAACAAGUUUGGUGUAAUCUACCUCAAAUAAUGCAUUGGUUAACUAUAAUGUUGGCAUUUCUUAUUCAGCAAAUUUCAAAGGUUAUAUAUAUCUUUAAGUCUCUGAAUUGUUCAAAGACUAAUUAUCCAGGUUAGGUGGACCGGUUCACUGCUCACUAGCAACUUCAUAACAGAAAGGAGAAGGAAAGGAAAUGUAAAGUUAGUCAGCUUCAUGCGUAUAUAUAUACACAAGCAUAUCUUGUGUGUGCCUAAAAAAUUGAACAAGUUUUAGAGUAGGGUUCUGGCAGUAAAGGGACUUUUAGUAUUCAGGUUUUAACACUGGCAAAUUCUUACCUUACCUCAGGCACAAGAUUUAUUAAGGAUGGGGAGGGGAAGGCAUGUGAAUAAAUGUGAUAACAGGGAAGGAAAAAUAGAACCACCUGUUUGCUGUAUGACUGUGUGCAAUUAAGUGGUGAUAUUUGAUGUAGGCUAAAAUUCAUCAAUAAGUAAGUGGUAUAAAAUAAUUUAUAGCAGGCAAUUGAUAGUGUGUAAUGAAUUGACCCAUUAAUAAUUGAUUAUCUAGAAACAAACUGCUUUUGUUGGUUAAGUUUUUAAGGUUUUAGCUUGAAGCAUAAGCAGUUUGCGUUAGACAUUAAUUUCUUACCACAUAAUACAGAUACUGAUGAGAAUGCCUAUGCCAAGUGUCGACAGUGUGAAAGUAGCGGUGCGAGUGCGGCCUUUCAGUCAGAGAGAGAAGAAUUCCGGGAGCAAAUGUGUGAUUUCCAUGAAUUCCAGGACCACCACUACCAUACAGGACCCAAAAAACCCAGAGCAUGUGAAGACAUUUACUUUUGACCUGGCCUAUUGGUCUCACAGUGGAUUUCAAAAGGAUAAAUAUGGUGUACUUGUUGCAGCUGAUCCUAGCAAUAACUUUGCUGGCCAGAGAGAUGUUUUCCAUGAUCUUGGCAGAGGAAUUCUGGACAAUGCCUGGGAAGGCUAUAAUGCUACUCUCCUGGCCUAUGGCCAAACUGGUUCUGGAAAAAGCUAUUCCAUGAUUGGAUUUGGUGCAAACAAGGGUAUUAUUCCAAAUGUGUGUGAAGAACUCUUUCAAGCAAUUGAGAACCAGGAGAGAAAUCAAGAAUACCAGGUUGCCUUCAGCAUGCUGGAAAUCUACAAUGAGCAGGUACGCGAUUUAUUGUCUAGAAACAAGAAGCCUGCGGUACUGAAAGUCAGGGAAGAUCCACAGUUAGGGUUUUAUGUGGAUGGUCUCAAGUCAGUGCCUUGUUCGAGCUAUGCACAAAUUGAAAGGUUGAUGGAGCAAGGAACAAAAAUAAGAACAACAGCUUCAACCAACAUGAAUGCCAGCAGCAGCCGAUCCCAUAUGGUCAUCACCAUUCAGUUUAAGCAGGUUUUCCUAGACGGAGACCUCACCAAACAAUCCACUAUUAAUUUGGUGGAUUUGGCAGGAAGUGAAAGGCAGAAAUCUUCAGGAUCUGAAGGUGACAGACUAUGGGAAGGAUCGCGAGUUAACUUAAGCUUAACCAAUUUAGGGAAUGUUAUCAGCACUCUGGCUGAUGCUGCCAUGGGGAAUAAAGUCUUGCACGUUCCCUACAGAGAUUCUGUCCUGACCAAACUGCUCCAGUCGUCUCUGGGUGGCAACAGCAGGACUACGCUGAUAGCAGCCAUAAGCCCAGCUGACAUCUGCUACGAGGAGACUUUAUCCACGCUGAGAUAUGCUGAAAGAGCUAAAAAGAUUCGGAACAAAGCUGUGGCGAACACCUGGAAGCUGACGAGAGAGUCAAGGACAGAGAACAGCAAACUGCUGCUUGGAUGUAGAACCUCCAGAAUGGCAGAACACCCAGCAUGCUUCCUGGCAGAAAACCAAUGUGGUAUUCACACUACCCAGAUGAGCUGGGCACAUCAGCUGGAGCAGGCUCGAGAAGAGUGGGGACAGCAGUUCAUGGCCAUUGCCCAGGAGCAGCACAUGAUGAAGACCUUUCCUCACCUCCUCAAUGUCAACGAGGACCCCCAGCUCACUGGAGUGCUCAAGUACUUCAUUCGCCCUGGUUCAUGUGCAGCUGGUCAGGCUGCUUCAAAUGCCAUCACUCUACGAGGCCUCGGAAUUUUGGAUAAACAUGCUUCUUUCACAAAUUUGGAUGGCAAAGUGACAGUAACUCCGCACAGCAAAUGCAAAGUCAUUGUUAAUGGCGUGCCAAUCUCAAUGAAGACAAAGCUGCAGCAUUUGGAUCGCAUCAUCCUGGGAUCCAACAGCGCCUACCUCUACAUCGGGUUUCCUGCUGAGCGAGGCAGUGAGGACGGGGACGCGGGCAGGUUCGACUAUGACUUUUUCCAGCUGGAGCGGGCAGCCGCAGAGGGCGUGAGUGUGGACACGCUCGGAGCCACCAGUGGCAGAGAUGGGAAACCAGACACCAGUGUCCUGGCUGUGUUCCACGACUAUGUCAAACUGAUGCCCCUGGUUGCAGAAGCAAAUCAAAUGAGUGAAGAGCUGCAGAAGGGGCUUAAGAUGGAAUUGAAAGUGAAGAAUUUGGCAUCAUCAGAUUCCAGGGGCUAUGACUUACAGAAGGAGGUCAUGGUGAAGGUGACAAGCCAGAGGACUCAUGAGGUGUGGAUAUGGUCAAAGGCCAAGUUUAUCAACAGGAAAUUCCUAAUGGAGGAACUCUACCAGCGCUUUCUAGAUGGAGGAGACAGCUAUGUGGCUCAAGAAGUUGACCCUUUCUGGGACCCUGUUGAGAUUGUGCUCCUGGGCUCGGCUCACGUUUGGCUCCAGUCACUUGCCUACUGCAUGAAGCUUGAGGAGCAAGUGGAAUUUCUGAACUGCGAUGGGCUGGAGGAGGCCGUGUUGCAUAUGUACAUAACCCCCUGCUCAGCCACGGGACAAGCACACACUGAGGAGGACAUGGUGGUUGACCCCUCGGAGAUGCUGGGCAAGAGGAUGGACUUCCAGAUUCACAUUGUCCGGUGCCUCGGCAUCAAGUGGCUGAAGGAGGAUGCAAGGCGGGGCAUCCAGCUUGGGUACAGAAUUUAUGAUCUUCCAAACGUUUUAUAUACCAAGCCUGUAUGGAAAAACAUGAACCCCCAAAUUGAAGAGACUGUCCAGUUUGUAACCUUAACCACGUCUCGAGAGUUUCUGAAUUAUUUACAGACCAACGCCCUCAUUGUUGAUUUAUGGGGCCUUCAAGAAGGCUGUGCUGAACGGAGCUGCUCUCCACAAGACUUCCUGGUCACAGACGAAGGCUACAUCAUGCUAGACACCAAGGCCACUGCCCCUGUGCUGAGUACAGGCCAGACGGCAUCAAAUCAUGUAUCAGAACUUUACCUGAAGCUGCUCAAGGUGGAGCAGGAGACAGAGCAGCUCAGAAACAUUAACAGAGCCCUGAAAGAAGAAAACAUGUUUCUCAAAGAAUCACUGGCGAAAAUUGGCUCUAGUCAACAAGCCCAAAAGCCUUCCAGUGCCCUGAAGAUAACUGGGAUGGCAGUACAAUUGCCAUCGGCCAAAGAUAUUGAUCAGAUAUGUGCUCCGGGAGCCACCUAUGAUGGAGAACUUGCCAGAGUUCUUAAGCUGUUCUACCAGAGCAUGAAUAUGGCCAGAGGGCAGUUUCUCCGGCUAAGGCAUUACAAGCCUCCUGGCAAUGAUCAGAUGCUUCGACAGUUUAUCCACAAACAGGGACAAAUGUUAAAGGACUUUGGCGACCUAUUUGAAUCCAGCUUGUGGAAAUUGAAAAAUGAUGUUGCUCUUAUAAUAAAAAAGAAGACUGCUUACGACCUAUCAAAUAAAAACAGUACCCCAACAGAAAACGUGAGCUGUGAAGACUAUGUGAAUUUUCAAUGUGCUUAUUAAUGAACUUUAC